AUGAAAACUGUUAUUAUUAAACUUGGAGGUGCAGCUAUCACUAACAAGAAGGGUUCUUGCCAACUUGCGGAAGAAUCGGCAUUGGAUGCGUUGAUGCUUCAAAUCCAACAUGCGUAUGAGAGCCUUACAGCUUCCGGAUACCAAGUGAUUCUCAUUCAUGGCGCUGGCAGUUUUGGUCAUCCACAAGCACGUCAAUACAAUCUCAAGGAAGGAUGGAAUUCAGGAUUGUCGACCCCACCCUUGACAGCAGCCGAUGCUCAAGUAGCAGCCGUUGAUGGUGGUGAUGAUGAUGAAAAGGUGCCUACAUCUACAAGGAAGCAUCAAAAAGCUGGGUUUGCCCAUACACGCAAGUGCCUGCUGCAGUUGCAUCUUCAACUUCUUGGCCGAUUGCAGCAACGAGGAUUACCCGUAUUAAGCCUUUCACCCUUCGAUCAUGUGGAAACCGAUAAUGGUGACCGUAGCUCGACAAUGUGUUUUGAAUCAUUAGCGCAACGUGCUGAUCAACUCCUGAAACUCGGCUUUAUUCCAUUGUUACACGGUGAUGCUGUGCUCGACCGCACUCUUGGUUGCACGAUUCUCUCUGGUGAUGUUGUCAUGCAUAAGCUCGUCAUGUUGCUACCCAACGUCACUCGUUGUGUCUUUGUUACCGAUGUCGAAGGUAUCUUUGACAUGGAUCCUAAAGCCGCUCUUAAUCAACGUGAUCAUCGUCGACCCAAGUUAUUCAAACACAUGCUUAUUGAUCCCAUCGCUAUGAACAAUGUGACAAGUGGUGGUGGUGGCGAACCUUUGCAUAAACAUGGCAGUACGGCAAAGACAUUGGCUGCACGUAAACAACGCCGUCGACAAGCUCAUCCAACCAUGGUUGAGGCUGGCAAUGGUGUGGUUGAUGUCACUGGUGGCAUGGGCGGCAAGAACAAGUGGGCUCGUCAAAUCAUCUUGGAUGCUGCUACGCAACUUGAUCGCAAGGAUGUUGAGAUUGUUAUUUGCAAAUCGGGAUCACCCGAAGCUACACGAGCCAUGGCGCUUGAUCCAGUGUUGAAAGAUGGUGCACCUCUUCCGGAACAGCGGAUGACCGUGUUUUCCUUGGCCAAUGCAUAA